UUCAAUAUUGCUUGGUAGCAAAAUGCAAAUCAAGAACAUUCGAAACAAAGGGUGUGCUUGAAAUCCUUUAAACAAACAAGUUUGUUUUGUUUUGUUUUGACCAAACACUUGACAUUAGAAAAUGGUUUUGGCAACGUUUAUCUCAAUCUCACUCCUAUUAGCACUAGCCUCUAAAAUUUUUCUACAUUGGCUCAAGGGAAGGCCUCUUUCUUCUCACAAGAACAUGGGCCUUCCUCCGGGCCCACCAAGGUGGCCCAUUGUUGGCAACCUCCUCCAAUUAGGGCAACUUCCACAUAGAGACUUGGCAUCUCUAUGUGACAAAUAUGGACCCUUGGUUUAUCUAAAAUUGGGCAACAUCGAUGCCAUCACAACCAAUGAUCCUAAUAUUAUACGUGAAAUUCUUGUUUGCCAAGAUGAUGUUUUUGCCUCUCGCCCUCACACUCUUGCUGCGGUUCAUUUAGCAUAUGGGUGUGGUGAUGUAGCAUUGGCCCCACUAGGGCCCCAUUGGAAACGCAUGAGAAGAAUCUGCAUGGAGCAUUUGUUAACAACAAAGAGGCUUGAGUCCUUCUCAAGACACCGUCUAGAGGAAGCCCAACACCUUGUGAGGGAUGUUUGGGCCCGGGCCCAAGAUGAAAAGCCCAUUAACUUGAGGGAGGUUUUGGGGGCUUUUUCAAUGAACAAUGUCACUAGAAUGUUGUUGGGGAAACAAUAUUUUGGGUCUGAAUCUUCAGGCCCACAAGAGGCUAUGGAGUUCAUGCACAUAACCCAUGAGUUGUUUUGGCUUUUGGGUGUGAUAUAUUUGGGUGAUUACUUGCCAAUUUGGAGGUGGGUGGAUCCUUAUGGGUGUGAAAAGAAAAUGAGGGAGGUGGAGAAAAGAGUGGAUGAUUUUCAUUCCAAGAUUAUUGAAGAACAUAGAAAGGCUAGGAAAGACAAGAAGAAGGGGAAUAGAGAGGAGGGUGAUGGAGACAUGGAUUUUGUGGAUGUUUUACUAUCUUUGCCAGGUGAAGAUGGAAAAGAGCACAUGGAUGAGAUAGAAAUCAAAGCCUUGAUUCAGGACAUGAUAGCUGCUGCAACAGACACUUCAGCAGUUACAAACGAAUGGGCCAUGGCAGAGGUAAUCAAACACCCCCAUGUCCUCCAAAAGGUCCAACAAGAACUCGACACAAUCGUGGGCCCAAAACGAAUGGUCUCAGAAUCGGACUUGCCCCACCUUAACUACCUGCGCUGCGUCGUACGCGAAACCUUCCGCAUGCACCCCGCGGGUCCCUUCCUCAUUCCGCACGAGUCCCUUCGCGCCACCACCAUCAACGGCUACCACAUCCCCGCCAAGACACGUGUCUUCAUCAACACGCAUGGGCUGGGCCGCAACACCAGGGUCUGGGACAGCGUGGCCCAGUUCAGGCCCGAGAGGCACUGGCCCAAUAACGGGGCCCGAGUUGAGAUCAGUCAUGGGCUGGACUUCAAGAUUUUGCCCUUUAGUGCGGGGAAAAGGAAAUGUCCAGGUGCACCUCUUGGGGUGAAUUUGGUUUUGAUGGCUUUGGCUAGGCUUUUUCAUUGCUUUGAUUGGGCCCCACCCAAGGGGAUGGAUCCUCAAGAUGUUGAUACUAGAGAGGUUUAUGGGAUGACCAUGCCUAAGGCUCAGCCAUUGAUUGCUAUUGCUAGACCUAGGUUGGCAAGGCAUUUGUAUCAAUGAUUUCAAUUUCAUGUAAUUUGAUUAGUUGGUUGGAGUGAAGUUGGAAGUGUUGUAUUAAAGAAUAUUUGAUGU